GCCUGUGCAGCAGCGGUAGCAGCAGCUGCGGGUGGUGGUGAUGGUGAUGAUGAUCGUGAAGCCUCGGUGUCGUUUGCUCUGCUUGCUGCUGAUCGGCGGCACAUGCUCAGUUAUGUACACCCAGGCAACUUUGAAGUCUUAGCUGUGGCUGCUGAGGUCAUUGCACAGGGAAAAAAAAUAGAGCGAGUCCCUCCACUACACCGCCUCCAUUUUGAAUAGCCAUGUAAUAGGGGAUUCGCAUAGUUUGUGUGUAUCGCCCGCUGACUGCGCUGCGUAGUGUCAACAAGCCACAUCCAAACAUCCUUCGACAUGGACGACCUGUUCAGUCCGCGGAGGAGCCUAAACAGCACACAGGGAGAGAUAAGAGUGGGGCCAAGUCAUCAGGCCAAGCUCCCAGAGCUGCAGCCGCGGCCUGCGCCUGGUUUGCAAACUCAAACAGAGAGUGAGGAGCUCAUGUGGACGCCUGGGGUCAAUGACUGUGACCUUCUCAUGUACCUCAGAGCUGCUAGGAGCAUGGCGGCGUUUGCAGGGAUGUGUGAUGGUGGAUCCACAGAGGAUGGAUGUUUAGCAGCCUCCCGUGAUGACACCACACUCAAUGCUUUGAACAUGCUUCAUGCAAGUCACUAUGAUGCAGCAAAAGCUCUCCAGCGUCUCGUUAAGAAGCCUCUGCCAAAACUUAUUGAAAAGUGUUGGUCGGGAGAUGACGUGAAACGCUUCAUCAAAGGCUUGAGACAAUAUGGCAAAAAUUUCUUCCGUAUUCGGAAAGACUUUCUCCCCAGCAAAAAGACUGGAGAACUGAUCACUUUCUAUUACCACUGGAAGAAAACACCAGAGGCCGCAGGAACCAGAGCUUACCGACAGCAGCGCAGGCAGCCGUCCUCUCGCAAAGCAAAAACCCGAUCUGCAGCUUCUCCUUUGAACACCCAGUCUCGAAAUUAUUCAGUGGAUGCAAGUUCUGCCAGUGAUGAUGAUCUUGACAGUGAAGACAGUGAACAGGAAAGCAAGAGCUGCAGUCAUUGUGGCACAACAACUUCUAAGGAUUGGCACCAGGGUGGGCGAGGCAACCCUUUGCUGUGUACAAGUUGUCGUACUUAUGAAAACAAACACGGAUGUCUGCCGUCAGCCCCUAAGUCAGGAAGCGCUCCGUUCAUGUUUAAACCUGUUAAAGUGGAGGAAGAAGUGAACAGCAAGCAUGGCAUGAGGACACGGCGUAGUAGAGCACCUCAAUUAUCAUCGUUACGAAGUGGCCACAGGAGGCUUACAGGCUCCCCGACCAGUGAGGAUCAGCAAUCCAGUAACCAGCCCUCCCCGAGUGGAUCCAUCUCCAAUUCUUUGAGAUCGUCUUCCACAGAUACUAAGAAUGACUCCACAAAGAAAACAAACAAGAGGAUAAAAGAGGAGGUCACAUCACAAAAAUCAGCAAAACGUGUUCGGGAAAGUGCUGCUCAGGAGCCCGAUGAGCCUGAGAAAGUAACACCUAAAAGGCCAAAGACACAGGAUCCACAGAGCUCGCGUUCAGAGGGUGAGGCUGAGGUCGAGGAGGAAAGCUCUUCAGAGAGCCGCAGUGCUCAGGACGAUGGCAGCAGUGACACCAAAGACAUCGAUCAGGACAACCGAAGCUCUUCUCCCAGCAUUCCCAGCCCUCAGCAGGGCAACGAGAGUGACUCCGACUCAUCUGCCCAGCCCAAUGGUGUUCCAUCAGAGCCGGUUGCCCCCACUGCUGUGUUAGCUGACACACCGGUCCCCCAAGCCCUCCCCUCUCAGCCCAUCACUCCCCAGCCACUGCAAAGCAUACCCUCUGCGGAUCCAGCUCAGAGCCCCCCUCCUCCCUCUCCAGAUCCCCGUCAGGCCGCCACUGGCCAGUCAGCUGCCACAGUGGGCACAAAUAGCCGUGCACUGCCCACCCCUCACUGUAUUUCCGGUCCACCUGCUCUGCCAUCAUCAUUGGAACAGGACUCUCCUAUUCCUCCUGCAUUUCAGAUCCCAUCCACUCUCAACUGUGCGCAGCCUCUGCAGCCUCAUGGUCCAUCGCCUUUGCCCCCCCAACGACCUCCAUCCUUCUUUAGGGAUGGUCAGCUCCACCAGCCGCCUCUUUCUGGUCCUCAAGUCAAGCCUCCUCCCACUACUCCUAUUCCACCUUCACACAAACAGCUUCCCCAUCAGUCUGCUACACCUUUCCCCCAGAUGCCCUCUAAUCUGCCCCCGCCUCCUGCUCUAAAGCCUCUCAAUUCUCUGCCCAACCAGCAUCCUCCAGGUGCUCCCCCUCCACCUCUUCAGCUUAUGCCACAACCUUUGCCAGUACAUUCACUUCCAGCCCAGCUUCCAGUGAUCUCUCAGGUGCAGACACACUCUGGAAAAAACUUGACUUCCUCUUACUCACCUGCUGCAGCCUCACACCCCCUCACCUCUGUAACACCCAGUGCUAUUGGCCCUGUCCCGAGCCUCCAGCCAUCAUUCCAAUCUCUUCCUCUUAGACCUUCGUCUGGCAGCGCUGCUGGAGGUUCACAAGUUCAGGUUAAAGAGGAGCCUCUUGAUGAGAUGGAGGAAGCUGAGAGCCCACCGUCUCCACCUCGAAGCCCCUCACCAGAGCCAACCAUUAUCAACAUGGCAAGUCAUGCCAGUCAGUCUGCACGGUUUAUCAAGCACUUGGAUCGUGGCUACAACUCAUGUGCCAGGACAGACCUUUUCUUUACUCCACUGCCAUCCUCCAAGCUGGCCAAGAAAAGGGAGGAAGCUGUGGAAAAGGCCAGGAGAGAAGCUGAGCUCAGUGCUCGACAAGAACGCGAAAGGGAGAAGGACAGAGAGAGAGAGCGAGAAAGGGAGGCCGACAGAAGUGCUAGAGCAUCCAGCUCCUCUCAUGACAGUCGUAUGAGUGAGGCUCAUAUGGUGGCUCAAGGCCACGGACGCCCCUCCUUUGAGCAGCCGCCCACCACAGUAGCAGCCGUUCCUCCCUACAUUGGCCCAGACACACCUGCCCUGCGCACCCUAAGCGAAUACGCCCGACCCCAUGUCAUGUCUCCCACCAACCGCAAUCAUCCUUUCUAUGUGUCCCUGACCCCUGGUGACCCUUUGCUGGCCUACCACAUGCCUGGCCUGUACAGUGCUGAGCCUAGCCUCAGAGAGCGUGAGCUGAGGAACCUCAGAGAGAGGGAGUUACGCGAGAGGAUGAAGCCUGGCUUUGAGGUCAAACCCCCAGACCUGGAAACCUUGCACCCUGCUGCGAACCCUAUGGAGCACUUUGCAAGACAUGGGCCAUUAGGUCUUCCUCACAUACCUGGGCCCCCACAUCCCUUUGCACCGUUCCAUCCUGGGCUGAACCACCUGGAGCGUGAAAGAAUGGUUUUGGCGGCACCUCAGCUGCGCCCGGAGCUGACUUACGCUGAGCGACUCACUGCAGAGCGGCUUCACGCUGAGAGGAUGGCUUCAGUGGCGACUGAUCCUGCUGCCAGGCUGCAGAUGCUUAAUGUUACACCCCACCAUCACCAACACUCUCACAUUCACUCCCACCUCCACCUGCACCAACAGGACCCCCUUGGUCAAGGUUCAAGCCCUCAUCCACUAGUGGAUCCCCUGGCAACAGGACCACGUUUGGCCCGAUUCCCUUUCCCUGCAGGCCCAAUCCCCAACCCUUUACUUAGCGAUCUUCCUCAUGAUCAUGAGAUGCUGCGCCACCCACUAUUUGGAGCAGCGUAUCCACGAGAGCUGCAGGGCCCAAUUCCUCCGAUGUCUGCAGCUCAUCAGCUUCAGGCCAUGCAUGCUCAGUCUGCAGAGCUGCAGAGGAUGGCAAUGGAGCAGCAGUGGCUGCACGGGCAUCACCUGCAUGGAGGCCCGCUACCAGGUCAGGAGGAUUAUUACAGCCGUCUGAAGAAAGAAGGUGACAAGCCAUCUUGAGUCCAAGGAGGUGCAUGCCCUGAAACUCUAAACUUUUACCCAAUACUGUGUACUUUUGAAACUGUAAGAGAAUAUUUUGUGUCAUUUUUGUUUGUUUUAAUAUAUUUUAGAAAAAUAUUUGUGGAUCUUUAUGUGCAUUCCUUGUUCAGCACUUAAUGCGACUGUCAAAGUCCGUCUGAGAUUUUCAUAUCACUAGAAAAUUUAUACUACUUUAUUAUUAUAAUAUUUAACACUGAUAAUAAUAGCAUUAUUAAUAAUAAUAUUAUUAUUCUGACUCUUAUGUGAGAUUCAAAGUGACUCUAAAAACUUGUUUGUUAUGCAGUCACUUAAAAAUGAGCUAAAAUUCAGCUGUUAUAAAGGAUAUGAAAACAGACUGACUUUGGUGUCAACUAUAUCUCCGUAAUGAUUUCUAAAAGAUUUCCUUGUACAGAAUGACAUUUAAAUCAAUGUGUGGAUGAUUGUAAUAACCUAGCAUGACUCAGUCUUCAGUUUUCACCAAACUAGCGUAGCAAGUUGCAUUGUGGUGUUUAGCCUUUGAAAGCAUAGUAGAGGUUGUAUGUACUCCUAAAUCUGCUAAAUAUUUGUUUAAAUCUGAAAGUUUUAUAUAUCAACAUAUCUUUUCACACUAUAACCGAAGCUUUUAUUCACUCAUUUUUGAGAUUGUACCUAUAUGAGCGAGUUGAUAUAACAGUAGUUGUGAACACUUGACCCUUGAUCCAGCACAAAAGUAAGUCAUAAGCUAAAAACAGUAUAUAGUAUUAUGAGUUGCAGUGACUAUAAUUGGACCAUGAUCUGUCUGUACAGACAGUGUUUUAUUCAUUUUAUUAGGAAAGCGUAUUUCCAGUUUUAAUGAGAACAACUUAAUUGGAUCGAAACUUCAGCUUGAACAUUUUUAAAAAGAACUGCCCAAAUUCAGUAUUUAUGUGACAUGAUAUGAAAGUGUAUCCAUGACAUAUUUAUUUCAAUAAAUAUUUCUGAAUUGACACCA